UUUCGCACAUCCCUAGUCGAUAACAAUGAGAGCGUAAUCGCUGGCUGGCCAAACCGGGAUAUAUUUUGUCUUUUCAUUUGUUUUGCCCGUAAAGAUGUAUCCGGUUAGCUCUCAAAAGCGAUCUUGGACAUUUGCCAAUGAAUCCCAAUUGGCGUCAUUUCGAGUUGAGCAGAAUACCAAAUAUAUAGAACAGCAUGAGGCCGAAGCUCGGGCCAAUAAUUGCGAAGUCGAUGAUUAUUUCCUGACACCGGCAGAGGAACGCCUGUUAUUAAAGCGGUAUGAGAUCCAUUUGGCCGACUUUUGUGGCCGUUUCGAUCCGCCCAUGCCAAAGUGUGUUGUAGGAACUGCAUUUCACUAUUUCAAGCGCUUCUAUUUGAACAACACACCGAUGGAUUAUCAUCCAAAAGAGAUAUUAGCUACUUGCGUAUUUGUGGCCUGCAAAAUAGAAGAGUUCAAUGUGUCCAUUAAUCAGUUCGUGAACAACAUCAAGGGGGAUCGCAAUAAAGCCACCGAUAUAGUCUUAUCAAAUGAGCUAUUGUUAAUAGGACAAUUGAACUUCUAUUUAACCAUUCACAAUCCAUUCCGCCCCAUCGAGGGCUUCAUAAUAGAUAUUAAAACGCGUAGCAAUAUGCAAAAUCCGGAACGUUUGCGUCCACAUAUUGAUAGUUUUAUUGAUGCCACGUUUUAUACGGAUGCAUGUCUGUUGCAUACUCCGUCACAGAUCGGUUUGGCCGCUGUACUCCAUGCGGCAAGUAAAGAACAGGAGAAUCUCGAUAGCUAUGUCACCGAAUUACUCUUUGUGGCGGCCCGAGACAAACUGCCCGCCCUAAUAGACGCUGUUCGAAAGAUUCGUAUUAUGGUUAAGCAGUAUCAGCCACCGGACAGGGAUCAAGUCAAAGCUAUUGAAAAGAAGCUGGAUAGAUGUCGCAACCAGGCUAAUAACCCCGUUAGUGAAUUAUAUAAGGAACGCCUACGCCGCCUGUAUACGGAUGAGGAUGAUAUACCCGCCGACGAUGCCUCAUUUCACAUAGCUGAUGUGAGCUCGGAUACAUCAGCUAUGAACAUAAGUCAAUAGGAUUAGCUUAUAGAAACUCUACUUAUUUUUAUUACAAUGUUUACAUUAAAAUAUAAAAGUCUAAUAGGAACAAGCA